AUGCAGGCGUGCGAGGGCAGCGCAGCCGGACGCCGGGCCUUCGACAGCAUCUGCCCCAACAGGAUGCUGGACCUGUCGCGGCGGCCCCUCGGCAAGCCCGGGAAGCCGGAGAGGAAGUUCGUUCCUCCGUGGAAGUCCUUCUCGGGAUGCAGCGGCCACAGCCCAGUGUCGGUGUUCGAGGAUCCCCCUGACGCAGAGCCGGCUGCACUGCCAGCCCUCACCACCAUAGACCUGCAGGACCUUGCAGACUGCACCUCGCUACUCGGCUCCGAAGCGUCUCCUAGUGGUGAUUCUUCCGCCUCGCAGAAUCACUCCUUGCAAACUGAAGAAGAUUUCAACCUGCAGGAUUUCAGAGACACGGUGGAUGAUCUCAUUGCAGAUUCAUCCUCUUUGAUGUCGCCUCCCCUGACCGACGGUGACUUUCCCUUUUCCCCUGGCGAUGUCUCAUCUUUCGGGUCCUGCCUCUCCCCAUCGCUGGACCCACCUGCCUUGGGGUCUCCGCCGCCGCUGCCCCCACCGCCUUGCGCUCCAGACCUGCCGCCACCGCCAACCGAGCAGUACUGGAAGGAGGUGGCCGACCAGAACCAGAGAGCCCUGGGGACUGCUCUCAUAGAGAAUAACCAACUGCACGUGACGCUGACGCAGAAGCAGGAAGAGAUCGCCUCGCUCAGGGAGAGGAACGUGCAGCUGAAAGAACUGGCCAGCCGGACCCGGCACCUGGCCUCAGUGCUGGACAAGCUGAUGAUCACGCAGUCCCCAGCAGAGCCCUUCCAGAUCAAGGCGACGACGAAGAGGAGCCUGGAGGAGCUGUUCUGUGCGGCGGGGCAAGCAGGACAGGGUUGCUCGGAAGUGGACGCCAUCCUCAGGGACAUCUCCCAGCGCUGCGAUGAAGCCCUGCAGAACCGCGACCCCAAGCGGCCCAGGCUGCAGCAAGAGCCAGGCAGCAAGAACUGCAGCUCCAGGAACCUGCACGGGACCUUCCGAGGGCUGCGCACGGACUGCAGCGCCAGCUCGGUGAACCUGAGCCAUAGUGAGCUGGAGGAGGGCGGCUCGUUCAGCACGCCCAUCCGCAGCCACAGCACCAUCCGAACUCUGGCCUUCCCUCAGGGCAAAGCCUUCACCAUCCGGACAGUCACCGGUGGUUACAAAUUCCGCUGGGUCCCCAGCUGAGCAGGGAUGUGGUUUCCCCUAAAACACUGCCCUGUAUCCAGACAGAAGCGCCGGCCAGCCAGUGGGAAUAACUAGAACUGUUUUCCACAUCUGGUUUCCAGAAUUCUCUGCAAGUGAAUGCCAUUCGGAAACUAACUUUUUCAGGAACGUAAAUGUUCCUGAAAUGUUGAUACUUGUGCACUGAAAUGUUCUGCUCGGAAGCACUGUAUAUUCCUCACCUUUUCUCGGUGAAAUUGUGUGUGCAUACAUGUGCACACGUGCUACACACACACCAUAGUCCAACUUAAAAUUAUUUGUUUUCUA